CGCAGCCACAUGGAAGAGAAGAAGAAAAAUGAAGCAGACGAAGCGAAAAAGAAGAACAAGAAAAGAGAGAGUGAGGAGAAACACCGAAUGUACCGUGGGGUACGCAUGCGUCAGUGGGGUAAAUGGGUAUCAGAAAUAAGAGAGCCCAAGAAAAAGUCCAGAAUCUGGCUCGGCACUUUCCCCACGCCAGAAAUGGCGGCUCGAGCCCACGAUGUGGCGGCGCUCACCAUCAAAGGCACUUCCGCUUUCCUUAAUUUCCCCGAACUAGCCUCACACCUUCCCCGCCCGCCCACCACUUCUCCUAAAGACAUCCAAGCCGCCGCCGCCGAAGCUGCUGCACUCAAUUGCGAGGCCCAGUCUCAGGCCCGGCCUCAAGCCCAAGCCCAGACCCAAGCCCAGAUUAUGCCCGAUGGGGAUGACGCGUUCUUCGACCUCCCUGAUCUUUUAGCGGACUCAGGUCAGAGUGCAGGUGGCUUUGGUUAUUCCGCGUCGUGGCUCGUAGCCGCACCUGAAUAUCUUGACUCUGCUUUUCGGCUCGAUGACCCUCCAUUCCCAUGGGACUCUUCACUUUAAAAAUAUGAACUUCCAUUCUCUUAUAUAUAUAUAUCUUUGCUUUGUCUCUUCCUUCUUUUUUUUUCAAAAAACUUGGGUACAUAAUUCUUUAGGCAUGUUUGGCAUAAUGUUCUUCAACUUCUUCACCAUCCACUCUUGUGCUAACCCUAGUAAUGCCUUCUCUUCUUUUUUUUUCCUAUAAAUUAAUCUCAUUAAACUGUUA